UGACGUGAUAGAAGGCGUUUCAACGGAAAGAUGGUGGAUCGACUGGUGAACAGCGAAGCUAAUGCCUGCCGUAUUGCUGCUGUUGAAAACUGCUUUGGCAGUUCAGGGCAGCCUCUUGCAGAGUAUGGCCGUGUUUUAGUGGGAGAAGGAGUUUUAACCAAGAUGUGUCGUAAGAAACCCAAACCACGGCAGUUUUUCCUUUUUAAUGACAUCUUAGUUUAUGGUAAUAUUGUCAUCAACAAAAAGAAGUAUAAUAAACAACAUAUUAUUCCUCUGGAGGAAGUUAAGCUGGAAAACCUUGAUGAUGAUGAAAUAUUGAAAAAUGGCUGGUUCAUCAGAACUCCAACCAAAUCUUUUGCUGUUUAUGCUGCCACGGCUACUGAAAAGUCUGAAUGGAUGGCUCAUAUUAACAAGUGCCUGGAAGAUUUGUUAAAGAAAACUGGAAAGAAGCAGUCUACUGAACAUGCUGCAGUGUGGGUUCCAGAUGCUGAGGCCACAACUUGUAUGCAUUGUAGAAAGUCUCAGUUCAACGUGAUUAACAGAAGGCAUCACUGUCGUAAGUGUGGUGCAGUUGUGUGUGGACCUUGUUCAAACAAGAAAUUUCUACUUCCGUCUCAGUCGAACAGACCUGUACGAGUGUGUCUAGCAUGCUAUAACACCCUCACCAAGAGUGCAGCUAAUAACACUUUGGAAGAAGCACCAGUGGACAAUAAGCAGGAGCUUCCUGAUUCAUCUGGUGAAGAUUCUGAGGAAGAAGGAAACAAUACUAAUCAAAAGAAAAGAACUGAUAGUAAUGGAGAGGCUACAAGGGAUCUUGAGGUUUUGAGCAUUGAUGAUAAGCCAACAUUCUACAGAAACCAUUCAGAGCUUGAGACUUGCGAGAACACUACUAAAACUAAUGAGGAUGAUCAGAACCAAUCUAACGGUGCCAACAAAACUAAUGCAACUAACAAUGCCCCCAGCCCAGACGUUUCUGAAAGUCACAACGAAUCAUCAGCUGUGAUCAAGUCAAGUAACUCCUCUGUAGAACACUCCAGCAUUUCCUCUGUCACACACAGCAUCAGUAACCAAACCACGAGCUGUAUCUCAUCAUCACAUCAGGAAGCUACUGAGAACACUGUUACUGCAGACUUUGGUGGAAACUCUGACUGCGGUGGAGGAGGAGGGGGUUUUGACUGAUUACAACCAGAACAUUGUGAUGUUGUUCAAAGUAACUUUGAAUCCAGUAGUAAAACAGUGUUUAGAAAGACUUUGUCAGGAACAAGUUGAAUAUCCUUAUUUUUGUUUCUUUUUUCUCUUUGUCUGGUUUUUGCAGUUGUUUCAUUCUUAAUGGCAAAAAUAGUACACAGAUAAAAAACAACAUUGUUUGAACUAAUAAUAUGACUUUUUUUUCAUUAUUAUUCAGUAUUCUCUUGAUUUAGGUCAUUUUUAUUUUGAUCUUUGUCCCUAAUGUUUUACCUAUUGCAAUUAUCACAGCUAGAACUGGGUUAUAAGUCAUGGAGUAAAUUAUCUUCUUUGUUUAAGAAAAUUGUUCAUACCAAAUUAUAAGGAAACAUUUUGUUUUAUAUCUGAAGAAACUGGGUUAAUUCUUAAUUAUACUUAUAUUUGAAAGGUAUUUUUGUAAUUACAGUAAGUAUAAUUUCAAUUACAGAACAAAUGAGUUUUCCACAAAGUUUUAAUAAUAAUAAAAAAUGAAUUAAAGUACUAAAUGGCUUCAUGGGUGUUUAAGAAUGAUUUCUGAGACUUCUCACGCUGAAAGAGUGGGAAAUAAUUAAAUCUUAAAAUGUAUAGAAAAAAUUAAUUUUGCUGUUUUUUUUAAUGUGAGAUCAAUACAUAAGAUGAACUGUUUUUAACGUUUUAACAAAAUAAGAGUAAAAUUUGUAAUAAAGCUUCCUUGGAGAAAGACUUUAAUAUUGAAAAAAGGCCAAAGUUUACAAAUUUUAUAGGCCUUUCUAUCUUUUUAUGAUGAAACUGAUAGGCAAUGAAUUUUUGGGUAAAAAAUUAAUAAGAAUUAUCUACAGACAUAGUUAACAAAUUGGUAUAUAUAUGUGUGUAUGUGUGCUUUAUGGUUUCUGGUGAAAAAGAUUAUGAAAUGUUUAUUAUUUUUUUGCAGUAUUUGCAUGUGCUUACAUAUAUAUUUUGCAUACCAAAUAAAAGUAUUUAAGCUUGUAUUAGGAAAACAAGAAGUUAAUGUUUAUUCUGCCUUUUAGUUGUUAUGUUUUAGUUUGUAAAAUGUGUUGUGCUUGUGGAUAAACCCCAUAAAAUUUGUUUUUUCAAGAAACUGCUAUAUAAUGAUUAUUUUACACAACUAAAAGAUAGAUAAGACAUAUAUUGCCUUUCUUAUCUGCUUGUUCAAAUUGUGCAACCUGGAAGCCUUUGGUAAUGACUAUACUUGAAGAACUUGUUUCUUGGAUAUUCAAAAUACUGAGAAAAUGUUAUGAAAUAUAUUCACUCAAGAUUUUGGUAAAAAAAAAAAAAAUCAAAAUUCUCAAAUGUUUUAUUAAGUUUGAUAUUGGAGAUUUAUAAGAUAACUCUAGAUAUGAGAGGGGUUCAGUGUAGCUUAGUGGUUUACAUUCCAGGACUGUUAAUCCAAGGAUUCAUGGACUGUAAUUUGGGCUCUGGGAUUUGAGCGUUCUGUAAGAGUGAUGGUGAAAUUGUAUUAUACAAUCAGGCAAGAGUUGAUGGUGAGUGGUAUUGACUAUCUGCCUUCACUCUAGUCAGUUAGUUCAAAAUUAGAGACAGCUAUGUGCAAAUUGCUCUUGUGUAGCUUUGCACAAAAAAAGAAGAUACAGCAGUUGAAAACUAUAGCAUAAGUGUCCUUCUUUAUAAUGAUAUAAAUCAAUGUUCUAAAAAAAGUAAAAAUAUAUAUAUAUAUUCAUAGGUAUAUUAUUCUACAAGUUAGUAGAAAUUUAGCAGUAAAUUUUAAAUUUGUUACGUAGUACACUUAUUAAUUUAUAAGGGGUUUGAUGACUGAUUUUUUUCAAUUUGAAUUAUCAUACAUUGUUUUCUUUAGGAUAUCGUUCUUGGUGCUGCUUCAUAAGCUCAAAAUUGAAUUAAAUUUAUGUAAAAUAGUGUUGCCAGUGCUGUUGAAGUGAAAGGUGAUGUUAUAUUUGUAAAACACACACAUAAGUUUUUUGAAGAGAGAUUCUUUAAUUAGUUCUUUAUGUAUGUAUAUAUCUUGAAACCGGCCUUUUUUUAUUCAUUCCCUUUCAACCUCUGAACAGUUCUAGAGUAAGUAGUUUACCAGGUUGUUUGCAACUGAUACUCAGAAAGGAACAUCCCAGAAAAUUUUAGUGUGUAUUUUUUACAUGUGCAGACUAUGAAACGUGCAGUACAUACUACUAGAAUGUUUUGUUUUUAUGUGAAAGGUCAAGGAACUGUUUAGUUGGCAUCACUUUCAAUUUGCUUUUAUGUAUCUGUAAGUAUAUAAUCUUUAUUAUAAUAUUUUAUCAGUAUCACAUCAUUCCCUUCAAAAUGUAGAAGGGUGAUAGAAUGGCAUGAAUUUUCAUAAAUGACAUUCAAAAAUAGAUUUAUUUGAGGCCAAAAAGUUUCAUAAGUUGAUGUUUAUCUUGUAAAAAUGAGGGUUAGGAGAUUAAUUUACUAAGAAUUUCAAGCUACUGUUAUUGUUCAACGUUUUAUUUUUUUUGGAACUUGAGAUGUAUUCUGGAUGGGCUCUAAGCUGGUCAGCAGCAGUUUAUUGUCAGACGACUGAAUUAUACAUAUUUAUUUAAUGAAUAGGAAACAAAAUUGUGUAUUUUCGUUUUAAAUUCUCAACGACGUAAACAAAACCAUUGUUUUAUUUUGAUUUACACUCUUAGUUAAAGUUUGUUCUAGGUAUAAGGUUUCAGAUUUUUGGAUCAAUUGCACCAAAUCAAUUAGAUGAAUGAUAAACGUGCACAAAAUGGUUAUCGAUCUGGCUACUAUGUGCCUUGCUUGAGAAAUAUUCACAUUUAUUUAGGCUACUGUUUUGAUUUAUCGUAAGUUUAAACAUAAAUGUUUAUGAAUUGUAUUUUCUUUUUUUUUUGUAAAACAUCCAAAAUGUUUUAAAAAAAUACCAAUUUUCACGUGUGUGCAUUGCUUAAUAUCUUGGUAAGGGUGAUUUUGAAAUAUUUUGUAUACAGGUAUAGCAUUUUUAGAGCCUGUGAAAAUAAUCAACUUGGAUUAAGGUGUUAUCAUAAUCUCUUACGUUAUUGAAGUGUUUCGAUCAUUAAACGUGGAAGUAUUUAUUUUAGAAUGUGAUCAAAGUGGGAAACUUUGCUACCAUCUAACGAAAAAAUAAUAAUGGAAAAUAUGUGAAGUAUAAACUCAUAAAUACCCUAUUUCAAAAGCUGCCUUAAUAACGUAACGAUGUGUUUUUGUAGUUGAUAACUUUUAAUUUGUAUCAUUGAAAUUUGUUGCUUAAGUUAAUAUCGUUUUGUUUGUAGAUUAUGAUUAAAUGAUAUAUGUGGUUUAAAAGUUCGGAUACUAUGGGCUUCCUUAUAUUUUACAAGAAAUGUGUUUAAGACUAAGAAGUCAAUAAAGUAUCUUCUCAAAAUUC